AUGAUGUUCUUGAUAAUCUUCCUCAACUUCUUCGCCGCUCUUCAUGGAUUGGAAGGCUCCAAUGGAAACACUGUUAGAUCUCCUCCUGUAAUACCUCACGUGCCCAGUAUAGAUCAGCUUGCAGCAAGAGGCGGCUACAAAGCAACAAAUUACGAAAUCAUUACAGAGGAUGGAUACAGCAUUUGGCUCCACAGGAUUGGCAAGAACUCUGGUUCUCCUGUUCUUAUACAGCAUGGAGUCAUGGUGGCGGCAGACUCCUGGAUAAUCAGAGGACGUAACAAGAAGGACCUAGCUUUCAUGUUGCUGGAUAACGGCUACGAUGUCUGGCUUUCCAAUCAAAGAGGAACGUUUUUCAAUGAAUAUAGUAUCAAGUAUAAUAGAACAGACCCUAGAUUUUGGGAUUUCAGCUUCCAUGAAUCUGGAAUCUAUGAUUUACCUGCAGCCAUUGAUAAGAUAUUGGAGGUACGUAAGGUGGAGAAAAUCUUCUACAUUGGACAUUCCCUUGGGACUAUAACAUUCGCUGUGAUGGGAACUAUGAAACCUGAGUACAACAAUAAAGUGGAAGCUGCUAUGUUCAUGUCUCCUGUAGUUUACUUGAAAGCAGUAAAUAAGUUGCCCCCAUUAAUAGCGAGGAUAGCACCAAUCAGAAACAUAAUAUAUACUGCCUUAACCAAUUCAGGUAACUUUGAUUUAGAUCCGAGGAAUACAGAGGUGCCAGGAACAUUGAAAAUGCUUUGUGGACCUCAAGCAGUCACACACCCCUUAUGUUUAGGCAUCUUUGGAUUUUUUGCUGGAGAAAAUCCCAGAAACAUGAAUCCAGAAGACUGGUCUAAUUUUCUUCUACAUGUAUCAGGUACUUCAUUGAAGAAUUUGGUUCAUGAACUCCAACUUUCUACGUCAGGUGAAUUUCAACAAUUUGACUAUGGCCCAAUUGGAAAUAUGAAAAAAUACAACUCGAUGAAGCCACCAAAAUACGAUUUAAAUUUACUUACUACACCAAUAGGUCUUUUCUGGUGUUACAAUGAUCAGUUUGCAGAUGAAGAAAGCGUGAAGAGAUUGGAAAAUGCACUACCCAAUCUUUUAGUGAGCUUUCCAAUAGCGGACAGAACCUUCUCUCAUCUGGACAUGGUUAUUGGUGACAAUGCUAACAUUGUACUAUACCCUUAUAUCAUAAAAGAAAUCGAUUCCAUCAAUAAGAAAAAAAUGCGAGAAAAAUUAUGA